AUGGCUGUCCUCGGUGGCACUGAGCCCAAGACUAUCACUGUUCCUCAUGGCAAGAGCUCUGCGGUCGCAGUGGGACUUGCUGUUGAUCAAUCCUUGAAUGCUCUUCGAGAGCUGAACGGUGCAAUUCACAGUAACCCUGAGUUGUGUUUCAAAGAGUUUCAAGCUCACGAGAACAUCACGGCCCUUUUGCAAUCUUGCGGCUUCACAGUGGAAAAGCACGCUUUUGGUCUCGAGACAUCAUUUGUAUCUGAGUACGGCCAAGGAGGUCGUCUCGUAACGAUCUGCUCCGAAUACGACGCACUUGAGGGUGUUGGCCAUGCAUGCGGACACAACCUCAUCGCCGUCGCCUCCGUCGCCUCCUUUCUUGGUAUCGCGGCUGCCCUGAAACAAUCCGGGGUCCCAGGGCGAGUCCGUAUUCUUGGGUGCCCCGCCGAGGAAGGGGGCGGCGGCAAGAUCAAGCUAAUCCAGGCGGGCGCCUUCAAGGGUGUAGAUGCUGCCCUCAUGGUCCACGCCAGCUCACCCUUGGACAACAUGAAGGCCGCAGGGGCAGCCGCUGUCGGUGGCAGGUCGGUCGCGAUUUUCCAAGGGGUCUUCACUGGCGAGGCGGCGCACGCUGGGGUGGUUCCGUGGAACGGCAUCAACGCGCUUGAUGCGGCGUCAUUAACAUACAGCGCCAUCAGCAUGCUGCGGCAGCAGAUUCGGCCCACAGACCGCAUCAACGUCUACAUCAAAGAGGGAGGGCGGAUGACCAAUAUCAUCACGGCGAGAAGCGUAGUCGAGGUCGGCGUGCGUUCUCUCACCUUGGCGGAAAAUGAGAAGCUCCAGGAGCGCGUAAGAAACUGUUUCAAGGGCGCUGCCAUCGCCACCGGAUGCAGGAUCGAAUUUGAACAGUUGAUGGAUACAUACGCCGACCUCCAUACGAACGGCCCUCUCUGCAACGAGUUCACCAACAUCAUGUCAGAGCACUUUGACAGCGACUUCAAUGACGACAUGAGCGAACCCCACAUCUCAGGGGGUGGUUCGGACUUUGGAAAUGUUAGCUAUGAGUGCCCAUCGCUGCACCCUCUCUUUGUUAUCCCAACUCGCCCUACCGACAAUGUACACGGUCCAGGCUUCGCAAGGGCGGCCGGCGAGCCAGGCGCAUUCGAUGCAGCAAUUCAAGCAGCCAAGGGGAUUGCGAUCUUGGCUCUGAGAGUACUACAAGAUGAUGAUUUAGCGCAAAGAAUGCAGGAAGCUUUCAACGCAGGCAUGGCGAAGUAG